CGCCUAUAUAAGGCAUGCGCAGGCGUGGGAGCGCCUCUUUCCCUUCGGCGCGGUGAGUCGUCGCAGGUUCCGCCAGUGAAGAUCCUGGUGUCGCCAUGGGCCGCCGCCCCGCCCGGUGUUACAGGUAUUGUAAGAACAAGCCGUACCCAAAGUCUCGCUUCUGCCGAGGUGUCCCUGAUGCUAAGAUCCGCAUCUUUGACUUGGGGCGGAAGAAGGCAAAAGUGGAUGAGUUCCCCCUCUGUGGACACAUGGUGUCAGAUGAGUAUGAGCAGCUCUCCUCUGAAGCCCUGGAGGCUGCCCGUAUUUGUGCCAACAAGUACAUGGUAAAAAGCUGUGGCAAAGAUGGUUUUCACAUCCGAGUGCGGCUCCACCCCUUCCACGUCAUCCGCAUCAACAAGAUGUUGUCCUGUGCUGGAGCUGACAGGCUCCAGACAGGUAUGCGUGGUGCCUUCGGAAAGCCCCAGGGCACAGUGGCCAGGGUCCACAUUGGCCAAGUCAUAAUGUCCAUCCGCACCAAGCUGCAGAAUAAGGAACAUGUGAUUGAGGCCCUCCGCAGGGCCAAAUUCAAGUUCCCUGGCCGCCAGAAGAUCCACAUCUCCAAGAAGUGGGGAUUUACUAAGUUUAACGCGGAUGAAUUUGAAAACAUGGUGGCAGAAAAGCGGCUCAUCCCGGAUGGCUGUGGGGUCAAAUACAUCCCUAAUCGUGGCCCCCUGGACAAAUGGCGGGUCCUGCACUCGUGAGAGCCUUUGGUGCUGUCCCCUCCUUACUUGUGCCCAUGAAUAAAUGCUCCUUUUCUGUC